AUGCAAAUAUUCGUAUUUUUUGCCUUAUUAGUUUUGGGUUUGGCUUAUGAUUCAACCACUACUGUAGAUCCCUUUCGAACUACUGGAACAACCAGUGAGUUUUCGCGCCAAAAAGAUUACUGUAGCGCUGGAAAAUCCACGUUUUUUGACACCAAACAAGCCUAGGAUUACUGUAGAUUUUAGGGCCGAAAAUUUGGAAUUUUCAAAUUCUGUAGAUCAAAGAUUACUGUAGCUAAAUAAGCCUGUAGAUCAAAAUUUUGGCGCCAAAAAAAUUCAAAUUUUUCCCCCAGCCGCCACGUAUUGCCACGACGAAGCCGGAAUCGAUUGUCAACAAUACAUCGGUCAAUGCUACGAUCCGAAAUAUAUUCCACUUUUGGAGGGGUACGGUAGAUUACUGUAGCUCGCUCAAAAAUCCACGUUUUUUGCAGAAAAUGCGACAAAACUUGCGGAUACUGUGGCCCAAUCAUUUCUACACCAUCUCCUGCGUCAUGUGUGGAUAAUUCACAAAAGUAGGUCGUGCCACGUGGAAUUCUUACUGUAGCUAUUGUUUCAGCUGUGUGAUUUGGGUCAAAAAUGGAUUCUGCACCAAUACAAUGUACUCUUGCGCUCAACGCAAGCAAUAUUGCGCUAAAUCUUGUAAUAUGUGCUAUUAUAAUUGUUAA